AUGAUGACGACCCAGUUGCCUAAUCUGCCUUGGGAAAUAAUCGAGAACAUCUUCAGUCGCCUGCCUUCCAAGUCCUUGAUGCGAUUCAGAUGCCUUUCAAAGCUUUACCGAUCGCUAAUCGACAGCCCGGAUUUCGUCAAGAUGCAUCUGAAUCAAUCCCGGGUCAGCCAGACGAAUCGGAGCUUAAUCCUGGGUUUCCUCGGCGUAUAUUCUGUGGAAUUAGACCAACUCGAUUGUGCCCGCAUCUUAAAACCUCCUUUUUCCAGCUCUGAUGUGUCAAAUUCCUGCAACGGUUUGGUUCUCGUGGGCCAAAAUCAUGCACCUUUUUUGUGGAACCCUUCUACGAGAAAGUACAAAACUCUACCAGACUGUCCCGUUGAAUCUCCUCACGGGAUCGGUGUUGGGGAAAGAAAUUACCAGAGGUCUGGGUUUGGUUACAUUCCUGAAGAAGAUGAUUACAGGGUUUUGAGGGUUGUGGAAUUCAGAGACGACGAUUCAGUUUGGGUUGGUUCCAAGGCUCAUAUCUACAGCUUGAAAUCGGAUUCGUGGAAGAAAGUGGACAAUUUUCCCUACCCUUUGCCUAGAAUCAGAGGUUGGGGUGUCCAUGUGAAUGGUAUUUUGCACACAGUGUUAUCAGAUUAUUCUGGGAGGUUCAUUUUGGCUUUUGAUUUGAGGGAUUGCACUAAUUUUGUCCUUCCAAAGCCUGAAAAUUUAUCUCCUGAUGCGGAUCUAAGCGUAUAUGCAAUGGAUGGAUGUUUAUGUUUACUUGCUACUAGGAAGCAACGCAAGACCGACAUAUGGAUUAUGAAAGAGUAUCGGGUGAAGGAAUCUUGGACUAAGCUUCUGUCAAUCGGCCCUCCUGAUAUUGAAUCUCAUUCACUUCUGAUUCCACUUACUUAUUCGAAGAAUGGGAACCAAGUUUUGUUGAAUUGCAACGAUGAAAAGCUUAUUUGGUUUGACUUGAAGAGUAAAACUGCUAGAGAGGUUCAAGUAAAUGGGUUGCCAUUUAGGUUUUAUGCCGAUGUUUAUGUUGAUAGCCUUAUCCAUCUCGAAAGUGGAUUUAAUUUUGGCAGUGGAAAUGGAAGGGAUGAAGUGGUUAUGAAGAGGAGAGCGGUUAGAAAAGAGCAAAGAAAUCUGAAGGAAAUUCGUAAUAAGAGGGAUGGUUUUCUCUCCACGGGAUUUAAACUAGUUCUGUGA